AUGUCUGGGUCAAACAGAGCUCGGAAUGAGCAGCUCUCGAAGCGACUGUUUCCAUACUUCAAUAAGAUCUACGACUUGAAGGAUGCAAACCAAGUACCUGUUGCGGAUGUUUUCCAGAUCUUGCCACCAAGGUCACUCUCUGAGUACUACAAGGUGAUAAGGAGGCCCAUGUCUCUUCAGAAGGUGAAGAUCUCUCUGAACCAGCAGAGAUAUUCUAGUGCUGAACAGUUUGUAUAUGACCUUGCCCAGGUUUCCUGGAACGCGAGAUUUUUCAAUAUGAAGGGAAGCCCUAUAUACGAGCAUGCUGUUUUGCUUGAGAACUACGUCCGCAAUGUAAUGGUGCCCAAUAUCCGGAAUGACAAUCGGGUUUUUGGGUUCGAAAAGGUGGGGUAUCCGGAUCUGGGAGCAUUACCAGAAGAAGAUACAGAAGCGAUCACUUCUGUUGUUGACUCGCCUUCCGGUCCUUCAGGCUCAAAACGGGGAAUGACUCCUUUUGAUGAGGGUGAUGAUGAUGACGAAGACGAGGACGAUCAGCUCAUAAUUCCCAGGGCCUCCACACCGCAAGCUGCAGGUGAAAGGGAAAGAAGGGACCAUUGGGAGAACUGGAUUAAACGUGGAAGACCACCAAUAAUCGACAAGCCCCACGAGCAAAGAAUCAAGACCAUCAUGAAAGGCUUGAAGAAGUUGAAGUCUUUGAACGGAGACCAUUUUCUAUACCUGCGCUAUGACAGGUUGCCCAACCCCAGUGUGGAGCCUGAUUUCUACAGAGUGGUAAAGAAUCCUCUUUCGUUCAACGAGGUGAAAGCAAAAAUCAAGCAGAGACUUUACGAGACCGUGGAAGCGUUCUUAGCCGAUGUUAGCCAUGUUAUUGGCACAUACAAGCAAUACUACUCUGAGGACCCUACGAUCUCUAAAGAGCUCCAAUUGCUUCAGGAAGGAACCAGUCAAUUGGUGAGCGAGGAAAUGGCAAAACCAGAUUCAGCAUAUCUUCAUGAUAGCGGAAAUGUUUUGAGAGUUCCCCUGGACGCUGUUAAAGUUCAGGGAAGAAACUAUGUUGUUGGAGACUGGGUCUUGCUGAGAAACCCCAACGAUGACACCAAACCUAUCAUCGGCCAGAUAUUCAGGAUCUGGUCAACACCACAGGAUGGAAACAACAGAUGGGUCAAUGUGUGCUGGUAUUACAGACCUGAACAAACAGUUCAUCGCGUGGACCGGUUGUUCUAUGAGAACGAGGUGUUCAAGUCUGCGCAAUACAGAGAUCAUCUUGUGGAAGACAUCGUUGGACCCUGUUAUGUGGCCUAUUUCUCAAAGUACCAAAGAGGAGAUCCUGCAUUUAGAAUAGACGGUCCAUUCUUCAUCUGCGAGUACAGAUACAACGACAUGGACCGCAAUUUUAACAAAAUAAAGACGUGGAAGGGGUGUAUACCUGACGUGGUGAGGAAUAAGGAGGAAAAUUAUACGCCUAUUGCUGGGCCAAGAAAUUUACAGAGGGUGGAGUCGCCUCUGAGACAUAUGCUUCUGCCAAAUGCCAGAGAAACCGAUCCAGUGCCUGAACCAACAGUUGCAAAUUUGAACGCUCCUCCUCUUAUUGGUGGUGUCUACCUGAGACCAGCUUACAAGGAUGAUGAACCAGGUGUAUAUUUGCACACGGUAAAUCCGGCAAUGAAGCCUCAUGCGAGACACUCAGCGUCACCUGCACCUGGGCUGAUAAACCCUCCUCCAGCAUCAACCCCGCAGCCGAUUUCGCAGUACAACCCUGUUGCAGCAAGUCCUUCGCCUUAUAACUACGGGGUGUCUACGAGCACCCAGUACACUCCCUCCCGACUGAUCAACUCCCCUUACAACCAGGUGAACUAUCCUGUCAACAACUAUCUUAGUUCCAGCAGUUCUUCUCUAACCAUAUCCUCGGAUGUAGAGAGGGAACUGGUAACUUUUGCAAAGAGCGGAUUGACCAGAAUGGACACUGCAAAUCACAUCAGAAAGCUGAAAUCCAUUGAUCCAAACAUUGAGGUUGAUUUUUCCUUGGCUGAAAAACACGCUCCCCUCAUCUGGCUUAGAGGCCCGCCUACCGUUGUUGCCAAUAGACUAGUUGUUGAGAGUAACGAGCAACUGAACAGAGUCAAGAGAAGGAAACUUCUGCCUUCUGAGGAUGAUGUCGAAGUGGAAAGUUAUGAUGCCAUUGGUGGUGGGUUCGGUGGUGAGAGGUUGGGCCACUCGAUGGAGUAUUUGAAGUGGAAAUUGAAGUUAUAG